AUGUUAACAGAUCAAUUGACAAGACAAGGGCCAUUGGCUCGUGUUUGGUUAGCUUCUCAUUGGGAGAGAAAAUUGUCUAAAUCUCAAUUCUUACAAACAAACAUUGAAAAGACCAUUGAUGCCAUCGAGACAAACCAAGAAGAAGAACCAUCUCUUCGUAUUUCAGGUCAAUUGUUACUAGGCGUUGUUCGUAUUUAUUCAAGAAAAACAAGAUACCUUUUAGAAGAUUGUAACGAUGCUCUUGUCAAGAUUAAGCUUGCAUUUAAAAAGGGGGAUGUCAAUAUGCCAGAUAUUCAUCACUCUGUUGCUAACGUCAAUGCCAUCACUUUGCAAGACAAGUUGACCGAAUUCGAUAUUUUGUUACCCGAUGUACCUCUUAAUCAAAACCUUAACGGAAUCGACCCUAUCUUGGAUUCAUUGGAUUUUAGCCCCUCUCAAGAUAUCACUUUGAGCGGUUUCGAGGGUGGAUUUUUUACUGACGUCGAAAUGGGUCUUAGGUUUGAUUCUACAACAGAAGGCGGUCGUCGUGAUCAGCCUGGACUUGCUGAUACCGCUUUUGAACCUGCUGAAAUUUCUGAACCUUUAAAGCGUAUGACCUUGGACGAUCAGACAGGUCUAGCCGAUAACACAGCCGACUUUGGCUUUGAUAUCAAUGAUAAUCUGGAUUAUGACAUUGGUGCUGAUUUCCAUGAUACCAGAUUUGAUCUUCCAUCCACUCAGGAUGUUGCUGAAGCUUCUCUUGAUACACUCAUGCAGGUGGGUAUCAUGCCCGUUGAUGAACAAAUGGUCUUUGAUACCGAGGCUGUUCAAGAACCAGCAACACGAAAGCGUAAGAGAUUGGUCGUCGAUAAGGUGACAGAAAUCCCUCAAGAAGAUCUUCGCAGAUACACCAGCGAUACAUCUUCUAUUGUCAACAGAGACCUCCACUUCUUUGAAGCAACCAAGGCGAAGCCUGUGAUUCAUUUACGAGGCCCUGGUGGUAAUGCAGUCGGUACUGAAUUGGAAGAUAUGUUUACCAGAAUCAGUCAUAAGCGUCUUGCUGCUGCUCCAGAGAGCGCUGCUCAUCCUGAGACAUACCUUGGUGCACCUACCCCAGCAGGCGAAGGUCUUGAACCUUUCGGCGGCUUCGACUAUGAUGUUGAUAUUGGUACUGGAGGCUUUGACCGUGAGCGAUUCGAACAAACAACUGAAGCAGAAGAUACCGGCUUUGACAUUGAUUUCUUUGGUACACAGACCACUCAAACUUUCAACGAAAGCACUCGCAGAACACUUGAGACUAUCGAAGGCCUUACACAGUUCAAUGGAGUCAAAUUUGCUGAGUUGGUACCUACCACCAGCAGUAAAUCUGAAGCUGCCAAACGCUUCUACGAGGUUUUGUUGUUGGCUUCCAGGGACAAGAUCAAGGUCAGACAAGAUCAGCCUUAUGGCGGUAUUCAAAUCAGUGCUGUUGCUGUUCAUUAA